AUGGGGAAUUGUUUUUCAAAAAAUAACGAGGAGGGAUAUAAAGAAGAAAAUGAAAGUGAAGAGAGAUAUAAAAGACAUAAUAAUGGAAAUGCUGACGAUGAUGGGGCACGCCACGCAAGACAAAAUGCAGAAAAAUUGCAAACUGUGGUUAAGAGUGCUCUGAAUAAUCGACCAGACGCUGUCAAUAACGUUGCCAGAUAUUUGCUGUCACCAAGUGAGAACGCUGAUACUAAUGAGACGAGUAACAAUAAACAGGACGAUAAAGUAUUAAAGAUGCAAGAUGUUGAUGUAAUUUGUGCUAAUGAUGGACAACCUGACGUGAUCGGUAAUGAAGACUCCAAUGAAACAAAAGUUCGUUCCAUCGAGGCAUCCCACCAUUCAUCAGUAACAAAUAAUGAUGGACAAUCUGACGUGAUCGGUAAUGAAGACUCUAAUGAAUCAAAAAUUCAUUCCAUCGAGGCAUCCCACCAUUCAUCAGUAACAAAUAAUGAUGGACAAUCUGACGUGAUCGGUAAUGAAGACUCUAAUGAAACAAAAAUUUAUUCCAUCGAGGCAUCCCACCAUUCAUCAGUAACAAAUAAUGAUUUACAACGUGACGUGAUCGGUAAUGAAGACUCUAAUGAAACAAAAGUUCGUUCCAUCGAGGCAUCCCACCAUUCAUCAGUAACAAAUAAUGAUGGACAACCUGACGUGAUCGGUAAUGAAGACUCUAAUGAAACAAAAAUUCAUUCCAUCGAGGCAUCCCACCAUUCAUCAGUAACAAAUGAUGGACAAUCUGACGUGAUCGGUAAUGAAGACUCUAAUGAAUCAAAAAUUCAUUCCAUCGAGGCAUCCCACCAUUCAUCAGUAACAAAUAAUGAUUUACAACGUGACGUGAUCGGUAAUGAAGACUCUAAUGAAACAAAAGUUCGUUCCAUCGAGGCAUCCCACCAUUCAUCAGUAACAAAUAAUGAUGGACAACCUGACGUGAUCGGUAAUGAAGACUCUAAUGAAACAAAAAUUCAUUUCAUCGAGGCAUCCCACCAUUCUUCAGUAACAAAUAAUGAUUUACAACGUGACGCGAUCGGUAAUGAAGACUCUAAUGAAACAAAAAUUCAUUCCAUCGAGGCAUCCCACCAUUCUUCAGUAACAAAUAAUGAUUUACAACGUGACGUGAUCGGUAAUGAAGACUCUAAUGAAUCAAAAAUUCAUUCCAUCGAGGCAUCCCACCAUUCAUCAGUAACAAAUGAUUUACAACGUGACGUGAUCGGUAAUGAAGACUCUAAUGAAACAAAAAUUCGUUCCAUCGAGGCAUCCCACCAUUCAUCAGUAACAAAUAAUGAUGGACAACCUGACGUGAUCGGUAAUGAAGACUCCAAUGGAUCAAAAAUUCAUUCUAUCGAGACUUCCCAUCAUUCAUUAGACUCAAACAACAAUGUCGUCAAAACAAUUGAUGAUGACGAAGAAUUAAAUAGAAUCGAUAUGUCCCUUUCAAAUUCACUAGAGCCACAGAUUGAUGAAGGUGUACGGUUGAAUGUCAUAGCUAAAGUAUCAGAACAAUCAACGAGCGACGAGUAG